AUGGCUUCCAAGCAACCGGCCGUGGACUUCUUGUCCUUUGUCAAUGACUCCCCUACUCCCUUCCAUGCCGUCAAAUCUGCCAAGAAACUGCUGAACGAUGCCGGCUUCCUGGAAAUCAAGGAACGGGAUUCUUGGGCCUCUACUUGCAAGCCCGGUGGCAAGUACUACCUAACCCGCAAUACCACCACUCUUGUGGCUUUUGCCAUUGGAAAGAAAUGGACGCCCGGAAACUCAAUCUCCAUGAUUGGUGCUCACACCGACUCGCCUGUCUUGAGGGUUAAGCCCGUGAGUAAGAAGAGUGGCGAGGGCUUCGUCCAGGUCGGCGUCGAGACCUACGGCGGUGGCAUCUGGCACACUUGGUUCGAUCGUGACCUAGGUGUUGCUGGUCGUGUGAUGACUCGUGCCGCUGAUGGCUCUAUCGUUCAGAAGCUGGUCAAGUUCUUCGCAUUCCCACUCUGGCCAUUCACCUGGACCGCCAGGAGACCUUCUCCUUUAACAAGGAGACCCAACUCUUCCCCCAUUGCUGGCCUGGCGGAGGCCGAGCUCAACCGCCCUGCUGACUCCAAGCCCGCCGAGGGCGAGGAGGCAUUCUCCCCGUUGAAGUCAGCGUCUGAGCGUCACCACCCUUACUUUGUGGAGAUGAUUGCGGCUGAGGCCGGAGUCAAGCCGGAGGAUGUCCUUGACUUCGAGAUGAUCCUUUUCGAUACGCAGAAGUCCUGCCUUGGCGGCAUGAGCGAGGAGUUCAUUUUCUCCCCCGCCUGGACAACCUCAACUGCUCCUUCUUCAGCGCUGGACAACGAGGAUGCUAUCCGUUUGAUUGCCCUUUUCGACCACGAGGAGAUUGGCAGCCGCACCGCUCAAGGUGCGGACUCCAACGCUCUCCCGGCUAUCAUUCGUCGCUUGUCAGUACUCCCUUCAAAUUCUGCAGCCGAUGUCGACUUGGCUACUGCCUACGAGCAGACUCUCUCCACUUCCUUCCUGGUGUCGGCAGAUAUGGCCCACUCCGUCAACCCCAACUACGCUGCCAAGUAUGAAGCCGAUCACAAGCCCCAGAUGAACAAGGGCCCUGUGAUUAAGAUCAAUGCUAACGCUCGCUAUGCCACUAACUCUCCUGGUAUUGUGCUUCUCCAGGAAGUUGCACAGAAGGCGACGAAGGAGAGCGGUAACCCCAUUCCCCUGCAGCUGUUCGUCGUCCGCAACGACUCUAGCUGUGGUAGCACCAUUGGCCCGAUGCUGUCCGCGGCUCUUGGUUGUCGUGAGACCGGCGGUACCUAUGAUGUUGAUUAUGCUACCCGUCUCUUCACUGGCUUCUUCCAACACUACUCCGAGCUGUCGAAGACCAUCUUCGUGGACUAG